CGCUCUAGACUCCUCCGACAUUCCCACACUUGCUCUAAGGUGCUUGCACGAGUCUCCAGGAUCCCACAUUGGGAAUGGUGGACAUAAGGUCCGGCCCUUUGCCCUCGGAGCCAUUAUUCCUGGCACAGGCUGGAUGUGGGUGAGAUGAUGGAGCUCAGGAGACCAGCAGAGGAGAAGGAAUAUCCUGGGAACUUUUCCAGAACAGGAACUCAUCCUUGGAGAGGAAUGUGGGAGAAUGAUGACGCAGCAAAUGUAUUGAUAUCCUUCAUGCAGCUGCAGCCUUGUCCUCAUUAAUUACUCUCUAUGAGGACGUGACCAUCCGCUUCAGCCUCGUAUCAGAGAUGGUGGAAGAGCCAGUUCUGAUACUCAGAUGGAAGAUCGGCCAUUUCUCGGAAAGAAAAUGGAGGAAGACAUGGAAGACCUUUUCAACACUAGCUUCAUUUAUGAAAACUUUACUUUCUUCUUCAAUUCGUCGCUUGACCUCUAUGUUCCGGUCGCCAAGUCGAUAGCCCUCAUCCCUUUCCUGCUGGUGUGUUUGGUGGGCAUUGUAGGUAAUGCUUUAGUUCUGUUCAUCUUUCUGUGGUCUAGGAAGAUGUGGAGGACCAUGAACAUCUUCAUCUUUAGCCUGGCUCUUGGAGACUUGAUCAACAUGUUAUGCUUGUUGUGUUUGGCCAUCGAACUAUUGCAUUCCUUGGGAACCUUCAUGUGUAUACUCUACUGGACACUUACGGCUUUAACUACUUUUUCCAGUAUCUAUUUUUUGACCAUCAUGUCCAUUAACGUCUUCUUGCAGACAUUCUUUCCAGUUUUCUCCAAAAAGCUGAGCCUUAAGGUGGCUGCAUUAACCAGCCUUGGGAUAUGGAUACUGAGUCUUCUGCUGGGGAUCCCCUUCUUUCUCUAUGCCAAUGUGGAUGAGUACUCCAAUUGUCUGAUCUCCUGGCCCGAACCAGCCGCCUUCUGGAGCAUGACCUUCAUAUCUUACCGGUUUGCCAUUGCAUUUUUGGCUCCAUUAAUGUUGAUCAGUGUCUGCCUCAUUCUUACCCAGUGUUGGGUCCGAAAGCAAGGCCAGUCCAGUGACUCUAUAGUGACUGACAUCAAGGAAGACUUGGUGAUGAUCAUGGUCCUGUCUCUGAUAUACAUUAUCUUCUGGUUUCCAACUCAUCUUCUGGAAAUAGUGUCGGGUACCCACUCUGAUAUGGAGUUUAGUGAAGGAAACUACUAUGUCAUCAGCAUCAUACCUUAUUUGAAAAGCUGUGUCUAUCCCUUCAUUUAUGGAUUUCUAUCAAGAAACUUCAAAUACUCAUUUAACAGAAUCUUUUGUUGCAAAAAGGUCCCAGAAAGUGACAACCCUCAGAAAAAUUCCAACGACAGACCCGAAGAUAAGUCUACCAUGUGUUAGCAUUAUAAUCUUCACCUAGCAUUGGGCAGUAGGCCACAGAACUACCAUUUGUGUUGGAAACCACGAGGGAUCUGUUUACUGCCAUGUACAUGACUUGAAGACCCUUGCCCGAAUCUAUUGAUGGAAAGAAAUACUUAUUGUUUCAUUGAUAUUUUUCAAAAGACAGUCAACUGAGCAUCUUGCAUUAAAGUGUACCUGUCAUAUCACAGAAAAAAAUUAUGCUUCUAUAUGUUACUUUCUCUGUCAUGCAGAUGCUUUUACAUGUCUUUUUUAUUUGUCUUGCUUUUGUAUUUGGCUCACAAAUGCCACUGUUCUGCUGCUCACUCAUUCUGAUGUCCACUGCUCAGGAAGAGGCAUAUCUGAGGCAAGCACUGAGCCAGCCAUCACUCACCAUUCACUUCCUCCCUGAGUCUGCUGUGCUGUGCUGGAUCUAUUUAUCCAAUCACUGCAGGCUGCUCUGUAACCCCCUCCUCUCUGUUUUCAUGCUGCAGUCUGAUAGGACAGGAGGAGUGUCAGUCCUGCCCUCACUUCCUGGACUCUGCCCCUGCCUGUGCUUAAAGGGGUACUCCACCCCUAGACAUCUU